GCAUUCGAAGGCAGGGGACGGGGCUGUGCUGCGUGGCCGGGAGGGCCGUUCGUGACGAGGGGUACGCUGUGAGGGUGUAAACAACGCUCGGCCCUUGAGCCUGUAGUCGUGUGUGAGGGCAGGUGUCGCACCCCUGGCACCAGCUGACAGACUUCACCCAGGUGGACCACCCAGUGGCCUGGUCACCCCCUGGCACUCACUCACUCCUCUGGCACGGACCUGAGGCAGAGUGACCAUUUGUGCCACCUGCCAUCAUGUCACUGCACAGCGAUGACAAUGCUCUGGCUCCGAGCUCCGACUCCUUCUGGGAGCCCGGCAACUACAAGCGCACCACCAAGCGCACAGAGGAUGGUCACAAGCUCUGUGACGACCUGAUGAAGCUGGUGCUCGAGCGGUCCGAGAUCGAGAAGUCCUAUGCCAAGAGCCUGAAGGCCUGGAGCAAAAGGUGGAACGAUCUCAUCGAAAAAGGUCCCGAGUACGGCACCGCCGAGGCCGCCUGGAAGGCGUCGCUCGUCGAGGCCGAGCGGCGCUGCGAGCUGCACCUCAAGGUGCGCGACAACCUGAUGAACGAGGUGCACUCGCGCAUCCGGCAGUGGCAGAAGGAGAACUUCCACAAGUCCAUGAUGCAGUUCAAGGAGAAGAAGGACCUGGACGACGCCUUCAAGAAGGCGCAGAAGCCGUGGUCCAAGCUGCUGGACAAGGUGAACAAGGCCAAGUCGGACUACCACGCCGCCUGCAAGGCGGAGCGGACGGCACUGAACCACGAGCGGAACGCCGCCACCGACGCCAGCCUGUCGGCGGAUGCGCUGAAGAAGCACACGGACCGGGUACAGCGGGCCAAGGAGGACGUGCUCAAGGCCAAGGACCGGUACGAGCUGGCACUGAGCGACAUAUCCGAACAGAACAGCAAGUACAUAGAGGACAUGACAUUCGUCUUCAACAAGUGCCAGGAGCGCGAGGCGGACCGACUCACGUUCUUCAAGGACACCAUGUUCGUCUUGCAGAAGUGCCUGAACAUCUCCACGGACGCCAUGCUGCCGCAGAUUUACCGUGAGUUCGAGCACACCAUCACCAACGCCGACAAGGAGAAGGACCUGCGCUGGUGGAGCAACAACCACGGCGUCAACAUGCCGAUGAACUGGCCGGCUUUCGAGGAGUACAGCGAGGAGUUCCGGGACAUCGCCGGCCGCAGCAGGAAGGGGCUAAUCGCCGACGGCAACAUCACGCUCAUCAACCAGCGCACCGUCAGCGACGACCUGCCCGACUUCAACCCGGCGAGCAAGAACGCCAAGAAGACGUCUGGCCGGUCGACGGGCGGCGCAGCUUCGUCGGACGGCCGCCAGACGGCGGUCGGGGCGGCCGCCAGUCGGAGCUCGCAGCAGAGCAACGGCCACGCGUUCGAGGAGGCCAGCCCGGAGGAGUGGGACGAGUACGCCACCGACCUGGUGGACAGCGGCGAGCCGGGCGUGCCGGUGCGCGCCAUCUACGACUACGACGGCGUCGAGGCCGACGAGCUCUCGUUCAAGGCCGGCGACACGUUCGAGAAGCUGGAGGACGAGGACGAGCAGGGCUGGUGCAAGGGCCGCAAGGACGGCCGCAUCGGCCUCUACCCCGCCAACUACGUGACGGCCAACUAGCGCCGCGACGGCCAACUAUGGCGCCGCGCACCUGUGCGCGCGACACCGGAACCGAGGAGCGCUGGCUGCACUCUGAACGGCACCCAGCCGGGCACCGCUGCGACGUCCGAGCGGCGGCC